AAUUUUUCACGAGAGAGUUUGAGUGACGUGUCAAACUAAUGAAUUAUGGGAGCGAAAGUUAAAUGUUCCGUUACGGUUCGACUGAUUUUGGCCAAACCAGAAUUUUUAAUCUAUUUUCAUCUUCGUCUCACCAACGUCUUUGUUGUGAAUUGUGAUUUGAUAUAAUCAUAUACAGCCAAGUUCCCAUUUUAAUCAUUUGGAUUUCAGCAUUUAUAUCCAAAUCCAAUCCAUAUAAUUAUGUAUCUCCAGCCUCAGUUUUAAUUACUAGUCAAGAGUUCUGCCGAGCUCUUCGUUUUCUCAGCCGAAACUGAGAAACCCAAGCUGCUCACCAAAACCCAACAAACAGAUAUAUUAUUUCCUUUCUUCUUCUUUUUCUUGUUUUACAAAUAUGAAGACUCGGCAGAACUUGCUUUUGAUGAUCAUAGCUAGUGCAGCGGUUUUCAGCUUUGCCACAGCUUGCUCCAAUGGACAGUGCAAGCUUUUAGAACAAUGCUCAUCAGACGGAGAUUGUGAGGCAGGGCUUUUCUGCUUCUCUUGCCCAGAAGCCUUUUCCGGCUCUAGAUGUAUAAGAUCAACCAUUACAGACCAAUUCAAGCUUUUGAACAAUUCUCUGCCAUUCAACAAGUAUGCGUUUUUGACAACCCACAAUGCUUUUGCUAUUGAGGGAGAGCCUUCUCAUACUGGAAUUCCUCGCGUUACCUUCACAAAUCAAGAAGAUACUAUCACUCAACAGCUAAAUAACGGGGUUCGAGCCUUAAUGCUCGAUACGUAUGAUUUUAAAGGAGAUGUGUGGUUGUGCCACUCUUUCAACGGAAAAUGCCAUGACAUUACUGCAUUUGAACCAGCUAUAGAUACCCUCAUGGAGAUUGAAGCAUUUUUAUCAGCCAACCCAGCAGAAAUUGUCACAUUGAUAUUAGAGGACUAUGUUGAAGCUCCAAAUGGAUUGACAAAUGUCUUCAAAGCUUCUGGGUUGAUGAAAUACUGGUUUCCAGUGACAAGCAUGCCCAAAAAUGGUCAGGACUGGCCACUGGUUAGUGACAUGGUUGCUAAGAACCAAAGACUACUUGUAUUUACUUCAAAAAGUGCCAAGGAACAAUCUGAAGGGAUUGCAUACCAAUGGAACUACAUGGUUGAAAACCAAUGUAAGAACCCAUCAACCAACUUCAAAUAUUUUUCUUUUUCACUUUUUCUGAGUCUUACUUUGAACACAGAUGGGGAUGGUGGAAUGAAGCCAGGAAAUUGUCCAAAUAGAAGAGAAUCAGCACCUCUAAAUGACGAGACUAAAUCAUUGGUGUUGGUUAAUUAUUUUACUUCCAUUCCCAUCAAGCAAGUCAGCUGUGCAAUUAACUCUGGGGAUCUGAUUAAAAUGCUCUACACUUGUUAUGGUGCGGCUGGCAACCGAUGGGCUAACUUCGUCGCUGUCGAUUUUUACAAGAGGAGUGAAGGAGGAGGGUCGUUUCAAGCUUUAGACACCCUGAAUGGGGAGCUCUUGUGUGGAUGCAAUGAUGUACAUGCAUGUGUGCCAGGAUCAACUCCAGGGUCUUGCCAGCCAUAGCAGAGACUAUAGAAAUUCAUGUAAUAAGCUUAAAUCCUCAUCAUGAGAAUUGUAUUAAUCUCGAGGAACUAGCAUGAUUUGUAAUUGAUAUCUAUAAACAGAUGUGUUAAAUAUCAUUGUCGUUUCAUUGCUUCAUAGAGGAAAACAACAUGUUGUGUCGUCUGUCGUAGGCCUUGAAAAUGCUUGGCCCACGGGUCUAGAG